UUAUCCCGUGGCGCAGACGGAAAACGACACAGUGUGGGAUUGUUUGUGCUUUCGCAGUGUCGGAACCAAGCAAUUCUGUUUAGAUACAUCCCAACGUUCUAGUUUUUGCUCUCGAUUUCUAUGAUAUAACCUGUGAGACGAAGCACCAAAUCAAGUGACAAGAUGGCAACCAUCCGCCAGAACUACCACGAGGAGAGCGAGGCUGGAGUCAACAAGCAGAUCAACCUGGAACUGUAUGCAUCCUACGUGUACUUGUCCAUGGCUUAUUACUUCCAACACACCAACGUCGCUCUGCCCGGAGCUCAUGAAUACUUCAAGAAGGCUUCGGACGAGGAACGCGAGCACGCCGAGAAAUUUAUGAAGUUCCAGAACCAGCGCGGUGGGGUUGUCGUGCUGCAGGACAUCAAGAAGCCCAAGAAUGAUACCUGGGGCACCCUGAAGGACGCGGUGUGCGCUGCCCUGUGCUUAGAGAAGGAUGUCAACCUGGCCCUUCUGGAACUGCACAAGGUGGCCGAGAAAAAUUGUGACCCUCAGAUGCAGGAUUGGAUCGAGCGAAACUUUUUGACCCACCAAGUGGAGGCUAUCAAGGAGCUGGGCGAUCACCUGAGACAGCUGGAGCGUGUCGGGCCCGGCCUGGGCGAGUACAUGUACGACCACGAGAGCCUCGUCGAUGACUAGAUCUGACGACUGGUUCCCGGACUAUAUAGCGCUGCAGCCAGUUAGCUACGGAGGGAGUUUUGCUGACGUCUGACAUCAUGGCAAUUCUUCUACAUAUUAAUCGAUUCACGAUUUUGUUGCUUGCUUGGUGGAUGAACAAACGAGUUGAUUUCUUUCCAUUACGCCCUUUCAGUGCUUUAUGCCCUUUCAAUGUUUUUAUGCAUUAUUCAUCAACUAGUUAAAAAGUCUGGAGCCAUUGGCAUAUCCAGUGGGGGUGGCGCAGGGGGGCACUUCGCUCCCCUCCCUCCCGACGGAUUUUUAAAUAUUUUGUUUAUUUUUUUAACUCCGAUUACUUCGUAAGUGAAUAAAAAGAAACAAAUUGGUACAUUCUUUUACCAAAUAAAAGGCUAUAUUUUUUCUCCCCCAUUAUCAGCCCAAAUGCAUGUACCUUUGGAUCCCCAUAUACCAAGAGCCACUGUCUGGAUCCUACAUGUGCAGAUGGCAAACUUCUGUCUCCAUAACGUAAAACAACAUGUAGAAGCGCAGUGUUAGUUAUGUAGUGAGAAGGCACAGCCCUUUUCACUUUAUUACUCAGAAAAUAAUUUAGCAAACAAAAUAUCACAAGUUUUUAUUCAUUCCACCGUAUUGUUACUCAAGUUACAUUGUUAUUCAAUACAUGAAUACGCAUAAACCUUUUCCUAGAAUUUGUGUCUUUAAAGCCUUAUCUGUUCAUCUAGCAAGACUUGAGAGGGUCUCCUAAAUGGUAUCUGCGUAAUUACAACUCAUCAAACACUUUUAUGCCUCAAGUUUUUUAAGCGCACGUACAUCAAUUUACUUCUUGCGUGUCUUUGCAAAAUUUGCGAUAAAAUCAUACUCUCGAUGCAUUGUAACAUUUUCACAAGAAAAAAAUAAAGGACUAGUAAGCAAUAGA